CUAACCGAAGCAUGGUGAGUUUAGAUUAGAGAGGAGUAGCAAUAAUUGCUUAUUUGAUUCAACAUCCUGAAAUCAAAAAUUAAUUGAUGACUUUUGAUGCAUCUAAUAAUGCAAUUUAAUACUUGAAUAAAUUGGUUACAUAAUUAGAAGAGAUUUCAUAAAGAUUUUUAUAGAAUGUUUCUCAAGUAGAGGAUAGUAUAAAUAAUUUAAAUUUAUAGUUACAACUUUUGAAAAGAAGCCAAGUUAGAAUUUGGAAAGUUCACAUAUUUACACAACUAAUAUUGUAGCUAAUCAUGGUGGUGCAACUAUUAUUCCUUAAGGAAUGAAUAUGUCAUUAUAGAGAUAACCAUCAACAAAUUUGAAUUUUUAAACUGAUUAAUCUUUUGAAAAUAGAUUGGAUGGUUGUCCUAUAAUAAGAGUGUUAAAAGAUUUUGGAGAUGAUUAAGACAAUUAUGUAAGUGACAUUAUCUUUUUUUAAAAUCAUCUAAUAGUUUCAACAGUGGAUGGAUUGGUAGUAAUUUAUUAAGGAGUAGGUGAAAAUAAGGUUGGAGAAUAUUAAUUUGAAGGAAAAUGUACAAGUAUAUGUGGAUUUAUUUAUUAAGGAAAAUUAGCUAUAGCUGCAUGGUAAACAUUUUUUAUUUAUUUAUUAUUUAUAGUAUAGGUAAUUUUGAAGAAUAGAAAAUAGGAAUAGUUACUAUUGAGAAGUCAAUAUAAUUUUAAGGUUAAUUAUAAGGACAUACAGAUCCAAUUUUGAUGGUGAAAUAAUUAAUUAAACCAGAAUAUUUAGUUAGUUGUUCAGGUGAUCAUAGUAUAAAGAUAUGGGAUAUAUCAAUUAAUGGAUUAUUAGAGAAUAUUAAAGCAAAGACUAUUAAUAAUCAUAAGAUGGCAGUUAGGGAUAUUAUUAUAAUUAAUAAUAAUCAUCUGGUUUCUGGUUCAUUUGAUGAAACCAUUUAAAUUUACGACAUUAAAUCAGAUAGAGUAAUCUAUGCUAUUCAAUGUGAAGAUUGGAUAUAUUGUGUAUGACUUUUAUUUAUGCAUAGCUAUAAAACAUUACCGAUAAGGCUUUUGCUGCUGGCACUGGUUCUGGUGAUAUUAGAAUUAUUAGUACAUCAAAUUUCAGUGAAAUCUAGAGAGUUAGAAUUGCUCCAAGUUAUAUUAAGAGCAUAAUGGUAUUUUCUAAUCCAAAUUAUCUAUUUUUAUCAUGCAAAAAUAGAGACAAUUAUAUCAUUCGUUUAUCAGAAUAUAGACAAAUUGACUAUAUUAGCAAGACUGAAGAAGUUGACUUUGUUCCUGAAGGCAUUUGUGUUUAUAACAAUUAUAUCAUUUAUGGAGAAGCAAAUUCAGUUAAAAUUAAACAAGCUAGUUGA